AUGCAGGUCUUGUAUUUGAGAUUCAUUUCUUCAAUCUUUCUGCUUCUUACCUGCAUUUCCCAUGUCAGCUCCUCUCCAUUGCUAGACGAGCGGGCCACUUCUCCUCAAUGCUCGAUAACCAAUAUCGCCAUCGUACGCCGAACGGUGCUCGAUGAGUCCUACUUUUGUAGAUGGUGGCUCUCGGACGCUCGUACGAAGUCACCGUUCAUGGAGUUCACACCAGAUCAAGUCACUGCGCUAUGCAAAUGCAUCACGACAGUGAGCUCCAAGCCGAAGCGUGAUGACGAUACUUUUGACGAGCAACGACUUGAAAAGAGACAGACACAAGCUUCAUGCAAUGCUGAAGUGAGCAUCCAAUUCACCCAACCGUGGCGUUUCUGCACAUUUUACAAUGGCUUCACGAGGAAGACUUCGCCUUUCCAAAAAUAUAGUGCGACUCAGCUCGUCGAUCUGUGCAGUUGUGCUCUGCGUCCUGCAAUAUCUUCAACAAAGAGAUUGUCUUCUACACUGAAGGUCACAUCGAGCAAAACACCUUCAUCCCUGAAGACUUCUUCUUCCACCAGAAGGACAUCGUCUUUGCCCAAGACAACAUCAACCCGACGAACUUCAUCCCCCCAGAAGACCUCAUCCACGCCAAGAAUUUCCUCCAUCAAAGCAUCCUCAAGCGUGAGGGUAACAGUGUCCAGCUUGAAGACUGUCUCAACUUCGAGGACGUUGACUAGCUCCAAGCUGUCUUCGAGUAGUGGGAAACUGUCCAGCUCCAAGACACAGCCCGCAUCAUCGAAGCCUCCCUUUCCCACCUCUCGGAGUUCCUGUUUUACACCUCCUGCGAAAACAGUCACCUCGCGUGUGACACCAACCACUGUCAUACAUCUGACUUCAACGACUCUUAGCAGACCUUCUGUCUCAACAAACGUGCGUUACAUAACGACGACUCUGUCAUUGACAGAUACGGUACAAAAGACCCAGAAGUCUUUGAUGUUUGAAACUGAGUCUGUUUUCGGAGGCUAUCAGGGUAUCCUUGAGACUUCCACCGUCCAAGAUAUCUCCACCGUCAUUAAAGUGGCGACGGAGACCUUCACAGCGACGACACCUGUCCAUAUGUUCUCUACAAAGCCAGCAGUCGUAGUAUCUACAACAUCAACGACUUCCCUAGCAUCAAACUCGUCAUUGGCAGAAGCAAUUGAUCCUACAGAUUCGUCAACAAUUGUGGCACCAUCAUCAGGCGACCAAAGUCCUCAAUCAGGAAACAGCACAAAAGCUGCACUACGUGUCAGGGCUGAUUUAACCGUAUGUUCUGGUAGGCAGGAGACAAAGACCGUCUUUUUGCAUGCCCCAGCCAUUACCGCAUUGUCUACUGUCACAAUCACGCCCAAGGUGUCCAUAUUGUCGCGGACCAGCUUCGUCACAGUCACUUCCAGAGUCAAGACCACUCGGACUAUCUCAUCUGGCUCCACGACUACCACCAUAUCUUUGACGGAAGAUCCAUACACAUAUACAUACUACACCUACAAGUUUGUUCCCACUACCCUGACCACUACGGCGACUAAAACUAUCACUGUCAACACGGGACCAACGCAAUGGUGCGAGAUGCGCUUGAGGGUUCAAGGCAGCGAUAUUGACGGAGCGCAUGUCUUCAUGGACAAUGCAAAUUUUCACACCGACCCUAACGGACAGGCGACCGUUUUCGGAUUGCGAGAUGACGGCAAAGUUCUACCGCUCGCCAACGCACUCCCUCAAAUCCUGGGCCAUGGAGAGGUGUUGUAUAUGUCGCAAGGCCAUAUGUUUCCUGCGCUGCCAAACGACCCUCGAUUCAACUACAUGACCUGUCAAGUGGACAUUGACAGUCUCGAGUUCACCUGCACGAACCCAGAGCGCGGCAAUGUGUGCAGCUGGUCCAACUUCCAGAAUGGCUUGAUACUGUGCGGCGAUGCCUCUCGUUUUGACGGCUACGGCACGAGCCAAUUUAAGCUCGUUGCAGAACCCGUCAACUGUGUAUCUUAG